UGCAAGUGGUAUAUGACUAUUUGGCAUCACAACAACUUACCAAUGAGGUUAUUUCGUUUCGUGUGAUUGCGGUUGGUGCUCUUUGCAGUCAGUCAUGUCCACUCCAUCGUCGACACCUUCACCACAGGAUAAUGUGAAGCCUGCGGAUUAUAAAAAUGUUUUCGCUGCCCGACAAUCAUACACCCAACAUACAGACCCAUGUGAACAAGCAGCGAAGGCAUCGUUGAGCUGCAUGGACCGCAACGACUAUAACCGCGACAAUUGCAUGGACUUCUUCCAGGCAUAUAGAGACUGUAAGAAGGCAUGGCUGGAGCAGAGACGCGAGGAUCGUAGAGCUGGCCGACCUACACCUGUAUGAAACGCGUCGAAGUGACUGGCGCAUUGAGUGAUAUGCGAGGAUAUGCGUCCUCUGGGCAGUUGUUCUAUUAAACACAAUUUUUUUUUGCGCGGCAUGAUAUCAAUCAUGAAGACGACAACGUAAAUUCUCCAGUACGCUCGACAUGCUUUGUUGAGGUACAAGGGUAUUUAUGUAGCUACAACCUCAAGCAAGUCCUGCCGAUAUCAAUAUUCUUUUCUUCGUCCAGGCGAGAUAGAUUCGAAAUUCAUCCGAGUCGAUGUGAUUAACACCCAGACGAAUGACAGUAUCCUUCAGUAUGCUCAAA